AUGGAAACUCCUGAAAUGUUACUUAGUAAGAUUUUUGGGGUUUCCAUUUGCGGCACUCAUAUCAAGCCUUAUUAUUUGAAAAUGUCCAAUUUACUAAGCUUUAAUAAUGAUACUAUUAGUUUGAUUGAAAAAACAAUAAAAGACUUAAAUGUGACAUUUUAUGAUAUCAAACAAUUUAAAAAUUCUGAAUUAAUCAGUAGAGGAGCAUUUGCAAAUGUAUAUCGUGCUAAAUUAGAAGACCCCAAUUCAAAUAUAAAUGAUGUUGUGUUAAAAGUUUUUACAAAAGGUGAUAAUGACAAUGAAUCUAUAAAGUCUUCUGAACCAAGCCAGCGUCCAAUGUCAGAUAAAGUUUUAUCUGAACUUGAAAGGCUAUCUGCAGAAGUUACUAUCGAAUACAUUACAAAUAAUAUAAAUGAUAGCAAAUCUGAAGAUUUAAAUAGUGCAAGAGAUAGUGAAUAUGAAAAGUCCAAAGCAGAAAGAAGUAUCGAAUACAUUACAAAUAAUGUAAAUGAUAGUAACUCUGAAAAUUCCAAUAAUGCAAAUGAUAGUAAAACUGAGAAUUUUAACAACAUAAAAAAUGAUAAGUUUAAAGAUUCCAAUGAAAUAAAUAGUAAUCAAGCAAAUGAUGUCUUUAACGUCGCUAUGAGUGAAGGUUCGUUAGAAGAUUUAAUUGAUAGUAUAUCGUAUAGUUUAAAUUUGUGA